UCUGCUUUCAACCAGGGCCAAGUUCACUGCAGGGCCAGUCAGGAAAGCAGAGAAGCUUUGGGAAAAUCCCUUUUCUUGAGAAAGCAAACAAAAGCUGUUAGCCAGGGCUGGGCACUCGGAUGGGUGUGACCCCCUCCUGCCCAAAAAAAAGCAGAAGUGGCUGAGGACAUCAGCUGCAGCAACCCCACUGCAGCCCCCAUCUCCACGGCAUGGAGCAGCACUGACCAACUGACUGGACCCCUGACUGGGGUGAACCCAGCAGAAUUCCGGAGCUGAGGGAAAGUCCGGGACAUCCCAGAACCCGCCCGCGGCUCCGCAGGAUCUCAGCCCCUUUCUGCUGAUGUCACAGCCCGGGGCCCCGCAGCCUUUCCCGGGAUUCAGUGACGGCUGCCCUGGCCUGGAGCCUUCUCCUUCUCUUCUUCCCAGCCCAGGACACCGGUUGGAUCCCAGCCCAGAGCCUCGGCAGCCCCGCAGACGGAUGCCCCGGCAGGGCCCGUCAAUGGAUACCAACAAGAAGGUGGAUCUGAAGAUAAUCAUCAUAGGAGCUCUGGGUGUGGGCAAAACCUCCCUCCUGCACCAGUACGUGCACAAAACCUUUUACGAGGACUAUCGCACCACGCUGGGUGCCAGCAUCCUCACCAAAGUCCUGGCUGUGGACAACACCUCCCUGAAACUGCAGAUCUGGGACACGGGAGGACAGGAGAGGUUCCGAUCCAUGGUGUCAACUUUUUACAAAGGCUCAGAUGGCUGCAUGCUGGCCUUUGAUGUGACAGACAGGGAGUCCUUUGAGUCCCUGGACAACUGGAGAAACGACUUCCUGGACAAGGUCAUCCCAAGGGAGCAAGAUUUCCCCAUGGUGGUGCUGGGGAACAAAAUAGACAUCUGUGACAGGCAGGUCCCCAAGGAGACAGCCUCAGCCUGGUGCAAGGAGAAGGACAUCCCUUAUUUCGAGGUCAGUGCCAAGAACAACAUCAACGUGGCAGAGGCUUUUGAGACCCUGGCAAAGCAGGCACUUAGCACGCAUAAAGGGAUUUUUGAGAGCUAUUUAACUGACUCCAUCAAACUCACCCCCCACGACAAGCCCAAGAAGAAAUGUUGCUGAGCCAGGCACGCUGCAGCACCCCGGGCUGUCCCAGCCCAGCUCCUCGGGAUGCCCAAGGGGGUCUGUGCCCCCAGACCACCCCAGCAUGGCCACAGGGGGUGGCCAGGCCAGGACAUGGGACAGUGGUGGCCCCGUCCCUCUUGAUCCACUGAUGUCUGGCACCUGAGUGGGUGAUGAUGCCCCUGCAGUGACAGUGCCAGGGAGCCCUUGGUGCUCCCGAUGGCCAGAGACUCCCUUGGCCCAAAGGUGACCCUUCCCAGCACACAGACUGGUGGCCCUGACACUCACGGUGUGUGGGGGCUGCCCUGGGGCUGGUGGCCAUGGCAUGGGGCUGAGAGCAGCCUGGGGUCAGGAACUGCCUCAGUUUCUCCUGUUGUCAUGCACAAACCUCCCCUGCCUCACUGGUGAGGAUCCUCUGUAAAGCACUUUGUCAGGGAUU